UGAAAUCUGUCAAACGCAUGUUUAUUGUCCCUUGUUUUUUUCCAUUUAACUUUAGUGAAGUUGUUGAUGUGGAUCUCUAGCUAAUAUUUAUCAUGGAAAUUCCCUGUUAUCGAACUUGCUUUUGACUGAAGAAUAGGUUGUUCUAAGGUUGUGAUUUUGGUGGGUUGUCAUGUUGUAGAUAAACAAUCUCUAUAAAGAUUUCCAUGGAUUUGAUGAAUGGCACCGAUCAUGCACCAGAAACACCAACACUUAAAAUCAAGGCAUUUUUUGAAUCAACUCCACCACUAAAAGAUGCUGCCGAAAUAGAGACAAAAUUGAAGGAAUUUGUCAACCGGAAUUUAUUAUCAGAGAAUGGAAAAGCAAACAGGGUUGUGUGUGUGACUUCUGGUGGUACAACUGUUCCUCUGGAGAAGAGGUGUGUUCGUUAUAUUGACAACUUCAGUUCUGGUCAUCGAGGAUCUGCUUCUACAGAGUACUUUUUGAAGGCUGGUUAUUCUGUCAUCUUUCUUUAUCGUAGGGGAACUUGCCAGCCAUUUUGCAGAUCGCUUCCUGAGGAUCCAUUGCUUGAGUGUUUUACUUCAACUGAUGAUUCAAAUAGUCAAGUGGACCCAUCGUAUGCUGAAGUGGUGAAGAGAGCCAUUACUGAAAAUCGCUCCGCUGUUAGUCGGGGCUUUCUGUUGAAAUUACCGUUUACAACAAUUUUUGAAUAUUUGCAGAUUCUUCAGCUGAUAGCUGUGUCUUUAAGGAGCCUUGGUCUUAGUGCUAUGUUUUAUCUUGCAGCUGCAGUUUCUGACUUCUAUGUACCGUGGGAGAGCAUGACAAUACAUAAGAUCCAGUCAGGAUCUGGUCCUUUGGAUAUGCGUCUUGCUCAAGUACCAAAGAUGCUUUAUGUGCUUAGAAAUGAGUGGGCACCUCUGGCCUUCUGCAUAUCUUUCAAGCUAGAGACAGAUACAGAUAUCCUUUUAGGGAAGGCUGAUAUGGCCCUUAAAAAGUACAAGAUGCAUAUGGUGGUAGCUAAUGAACUUUCAACCCGUAAAGAGGAAGUUAUAGUUGUCACGGAGCAGGAAAAAAUCACAGUUCGACGGGACACAACUCAGCUUAUGGCUGAUGUCGAGGAUCCAUUGAUUAAUCUUGUCGUGGAUAGGCAUUCGGCUUACAUCAACCAUUCUGAUGCAUGAUCUAGAAGGACUGAUCGAUGAUAUUUUUCAUAUCAGUGGAAUCUGAGUUCAUUACAAGGAGAUUACAGUACAUCUGUGCAACAAUUAUGUUGCCAGCUGUUUAAAAGGAGAUAUACCAUUCUAUCCCACUAACCAACUACCACAGGCUCUUUUGAAAGAAGAAAAAGGAAGAGAGUGCCUUUUAGUUGUUCCAAUUGCUGUCUUUUUUUUUUCUUUUCUUGUUGAAGAAUAAAUUUCAUGAAAUAAUAGGAUCUGUACAAUUGAAUUUAUUAGCAAAAUAUGUUCUUCAUUAUUGUCUUUGA